CCAAUGGGAGGCGCCAGACGUAGAGCGAUAGUCCCCUAUCCGUUGUAGGAAAUGCGAAGCUGCUGUGGGUAGCGCAGUGGUGAAGAAAACCCUUUAAAGCGUCGUAAAACUGUAAUAAAAUAACCCACAAUCCUCAUUUAUUUGGUAUUAAAAGGUGGUGUAGGACCAGAGUGAUGGACAGCCCGCGGGUUCUGGGCAUUGGAGUGGGCCUCUUUGUGCUGGUGUUUCUGUGGGUGCUGUCCCUGCUGCUGUGUGUGCUGAUGUCCCGUGCUUCACGGCCAUUGAGGUUCGUAUCGGUGGGUGUUUUUCUCUUGGUCGUCAUCAUCACCCUCGUCCUGGUCUUCUUUCCCAAGCAGACGCCCUCCGUGCCUGUCGUGAAAGAGCCUGUGAUUACAGACGAGUUCUUCAUCGGGCGCUACGUGCUGCUGACAUUCUCCCUGCUGGCACUGCUGGUGGCCAUAGCCUUGGCCAUAGUGUUCCAUGUGCUGGAGCCUGUGUAUGGACAGCCGCUCAAGUCACGCUGAUGUGGCAACAACUACAGCAGUGUCGUCCUGUGAUGGCCUUUUUUUCAUGGGGAAUUUGUGUUCUUUAAAUCUUGAGUUUUGUACAAAUGUAAAUAAAAUUAAUAGUAUUUUACGACCUGUGUUUCUGUUAACUGAUUAAAAAAAGUGAAGUUUAUUUGUUUCAUUAAGGAAGAACUCAAGAGACCAGGAUAGUCUCAUUUGCAAGAGCUACCCAGGUCACGAAAAUCAACCCUGAGUAAUAUUGUGUGUAUUUACAAUAAAUGCGUGCUGUCUGCAUCAUAGGGAACAUUAAAGAUCCUAUGACGUUACAACAAAAUAUAUAGUAAGCUAUGUAUGCUGGCGCUAUGAUCCAAAGUAAGAUUUUUUUUUUCAAAUUACUUAAUGGGAAAGGUAACAUCACCCCCUACUGACACGUGAAUUGCAACUUCCUGCAGGAGCUUUCUGGGCGAAAAAAAAAAUCUUGGCAUUAGAAUUAUUGAGAUGAGAUGUGAUAAUGAUGUGUUUUAAUACGGCAUCCUUAAUGCCGGAAUAUAUUGGAGGACUUUACACGUGAUCAGAGACAUCACACCAUAUCUCAAACAUUUCACUGGGCACCCCCAGUCACAACUGUCCCUGUGGGGCACAAGAUGACCCAGCACCUGGCCUGCACGCAUCUAUCAGUCUGCCAGUGGAGGAUGAUGAUUACUAGACAAGGGGUAUUCCAAUUUGAG